AUGACAAUUAAAAUCUUGCUGCCUUUGUGCUUCGCUGCCUGCAUGGCCAGCGUGUUGCCUCUCGGCUACGGCCAUUACGAGAAGCAAUAUUUGGCACCCGUGGUCCACAAGACUUCCCUCGUGGCACGCAGUCAGUACCACAGCCAGGACAAGUUGGGACAAUACAAAUACGGUUACGCCGAGCCCAAUGGUGCCAAGGAGGAGACUCGCCACGCCGAUGGCACCGUUGUUGGCACCUACUCAAGGGAUUUGAACUGGAAAACUGCUGCAGUGGAAAUCUUGCUGCCUUUGUGCUUCGCUGCCUGCAUGGCCAGCGUGUUGCCUCUCGGCUACGGCCAUUACGAGAAGCAAUAUUUGGCACCCGUGGUCCACAAGACUUCCCUCGUGGCACGCAGUCAGUACCACAGCCAGGACAAGUUGGGACAAUACAAAUACGGUUACGCCGAGCCCAAUGGUGCCAAGGAGGAGACUCGUCACGCCGAUGGCACCGUUGUUGGCACCUACUCGCACCCCCUGCCCGAUGGCUCCAUCUUGACCAACAACUACGUCGCUGACGAACACGGCUUCCGCUCUUCCUUGGCCCCGACCGCCCCCAAGGACUUCUUGCCCGUCGUCAAGGCCGCCUAUGACGUGACCGCCCCGAUUUUGGCGCACUCUGUCGGCGCCUAUGCCAUCCCACGACCAGACAUCCACCUCACCAAGCGAGUCGACGCGUACCUCCCAGCUCCGUCUUAUGCGUACCCCGCCUACUUCAAGCCUGCUGGCCCCUACGGAUACCCCGAUGGUCGCCUGGCCUACGGACACUAUUAA